AUGUCUUCCGACUCUGACUUUUGGGUCGUGGCAGCUCCUUCUCCCAAUUUUGAUGAUGUGCUCACCAUCCAGGUCGCUUCCCAUGAAGUCCCCCUUCCAGCAUACUGGCGCAUUUUAGGUCUUUUGGAAGACGGCAAGCGUGAAGAAGACAUCGUCCAAGUCCUUCUACGCCACACGGGCACGAAAACUCGGAGGAUUGUCACAGAGAUCGUCGACAGUAUCGUGGAAAACCAACGCCUGAUAACAGGCCCACCUAGGGCGUCAGGGAGGCUAAGUGUGGCUUUCAAGAAGCCGCGGAGAAUAAGUGACUACCGUGCGACUCGUAUUGAGGCCCGACGAGAACUUGAGGCGGCCGAAGAGAAACUGGAGACUGCAAAGCAGAGAGAAAAGAGAGUUCUUAAUGAAGCCCUUAUUCUUUCUCAACGCAAGGAAGAGUUGAAGGACACGAAGAUGACCCCAGAUGAACGACGGAGGACCACAAGGGCGAUAGAACAUCAAAUGAAGCAUGUGCUCCAGAAACACCACGACGUCGAGGCCGAAAUCAACUUUGCUAAACGGCUCACUCUCAUUCACAAGGCUUCCCUGGCUUAA